GACAAAUUUAUUGUUAAGUUAUAUCCUACAAAUUUUUAUUCAUGUUUAUUAAUCUUUAUAAAACUAAAUAUUACUAAACAUUUGUGAUGAUUUUUCAGGUUAUUGUUGCUCGCAAGAAUGAAUGACAUUGAUGUAUCUAUUGUUAUCCCAGUUCAUAAUGCUGGUCUAUGGAUGGAACAAUGCUUGGCGAGUGUGUUAAGACAGCAACACACACUGACUGUAGAGGUGUCUAUAUUCCUGGACUCCUGCUCUGACACUUCUGAACACAUUGUGCAACACUGGUCUCUCAAACUACAACAACAAGGAUAUGUUGUCACUGUUGGCAGUGAAAACAAUGAGAGGCCCAGAGGAG